AUGAGGCCUUUCAAGAAGGUCAAGCGGGUCGCGGCGGGUGUCCCACGCCCAAGUACCAACAAACAAAUAGCCCCUGCCAAGACCGCUAUCGCAAAAAACGCAGCCAUCCACCAGCAACAGGCAAUGCAAGCCCAACUUUGCGUCAUCGAUCCACCAGUCAUCGUUGUUCAGGCCGCGUCGCCCAUUUUGACGCAGAGCUUCUGCGCGCCGCAGGCGGCCUCCGCGAAGAGGCAGGAGCGCGGCCUCCAUGUGUGCCCCCAGUUCUUCCAGUCCUCGAAGUCGAGCACGGGGGGAGGCUGGUCCGCGAUGCUGAAGGCGCUGUCGGUGCAGAGGGGGGGGUAG